AUGAGAUAUUCAAGAAACGAAUUCAAUUUGUCCGUUGUUUUAUGGUUACCUCUAUUGCCUGUUUUAAUGCUUUGUGUCGAAGAUUACUUCAGAAAGAAGACAUCCUCGAAAACAGACCUGUGCUGUAAAGGCCUGAUUAAUAAUGUAUCAGUUGCGAAAGAAGGAGUAGAUUGGAUUCCAACUCAGAUUUUACGUCUUCGUAGAUCAUUUGACUUCAGUGAACGCAUCUCAAUGAAAACCACCAGGAAUGGUCAGAUAACAAAUGAAAAUCGGAUUGGUAUUUCUCAUGAAACACUUAGACGUCGUGCUUUGAAUUACAUACAUGAAGCACAGAACACUUUGAAGAACCUAAACAGCAUUUCUACGCAAUUACGAGGACUGAAUCACAAGGAUUUGGACAUUAAAAUAGUUUCAUCUAUGCAAGCAUUAUUAAUUCGCUAUCGACAGAAUGUUGAGGAUAUUAUUUUACAUUUGGAAAUUGUACUUAACAAACUAGGUCAAUUGGAUGGAUUUUCACAAAUCAGAGUGAUUGGCCUAAAUAAUCUUGCACAGAGAUUACAGAAGAAAAUUCAAGAGCAACAGAAUCCGUCAGAUUGCAAAAUGGCCAAAUAUGUGACUUUUGACUAUACUAAUUUUUGUGGAUUUGGUUGUUCCAUGCAUCAACUCAUGUUCUGUCUUCAAUUGGCUUUUGAAAAAGAACGCGUUUUAGUAGUGAAGAAUUAUCGUCCCGGAGAUAUUUUUCACGAAUGGCUUCAUCAGAACACACUUCCACUCUCUGAAAAAUGUAGUCAUGAGGACACAAAUGGUAGAUCAGAUAACAUCAAAUGUCCUUAUAAUAUACAUGAUCUCGUAGCACACAACUGGUUGCCACAUGUUCUACCGAUAGAUAUGAAUGAAGAAUUAUUGCGCUUACAUGAGGCACCCUAUGUUUGGUUCGCUGGCCAACUGGCAGCCUACAUUUUGCGUCCAAAGCCAAAAUUUUCAGAACUAAUCAAUGCAACCUUGAAGACCUUUAAAGCGAGUGGUGAUCCUGUAGUUGGAGUGCAUAUCAGACGUACUGAUAAGAUAAUUCUGGAGGCUAAGUUUCACAACUUAUCAGAGUACAUGGAGCAAGUGGAUAAAUUCUUUGAUCGACAAAAUGAUAAUCACCUGGUAAUGUCAAAGAGACAUGACCUAAAUGAGGAGAAAUUGGGAUCGAUUUCCGAAAAAAGCAUUGGAAGAAAAAACACUCUUCCAGCUAAACAAAGUGUUUAUUUGGCGACAGAUGAUCCGAAUGUUUUUACUCAAUUUUCCUACAAGCAUCCCAACUACAUUCUUUAUGGUAGUCCAGGUAGAUCCCAUUCAGCUGAUAUGGAGUUCCGAAUGACAUAUAAUUCAAUGAAUAAUGCAGUCAUUGAUGUCAUUGCACUUUCAUUGACGGAUUUCCUGGUGUGUACAUUUUCAUCGAAUAUUUGUCGUUUAGCCUAUGAGUUAAUGCAAACGCGUCAUAUGGAGUUGGGUGAUGCAACGCAAUUAUGUCAUUCCAUCGAUUUAGCAUUCCAUGAAGAAGAUUAUAAAAGACUUAAAUUUGAUGUGAUUAUACCAGAUAAGAAAGUGCAUUUAAAGUAUGGUGAUAUAGUAGAUACCUUCAAAAAUCAUGGGAACGGUUUAGCGUCAGUAAAAUUAAACCAAUCAAGUAAAAAAAAAGAAAAAAAAGAAAUUGAAAAUAGUUUAAAUUUAUUAUUUGUGUGUUUAUUCAAUCGAAGAAUCGAAGCACAUGAACGUGAUAUGCAUGAAAAUGAAAAAGAAUGUCCAAGAAAAUCACAUAAGACGAAAGUGAUUGUUACCAUUGUUGAGAGAGUGUAAUUACGAAGACCUUGGUUAACCUAAAAAAGCUGCCACAUCUUUCAUAUGGUAGCAGAUAAUAAUGAAGAUUUUACGAUGAAUAUACUUCAUGAUAUUAUCACUCAUAUGCGCGAGUCACCAGUCAUUAGUUAGCGUAAUGCAGUUUGAGCGAAAUUGAACUACAACAUUUGCGAUUACAUUCGUAAAAGGAGAAACUGAGAACAAGUGAAUGUAAAGAGUGCCAAAUUGACUGAUUAGUGUGAUAAGCUUCGAAUUUCUAUCGUAAAUGAUUUUGACUAUUGACAACAAUGGCUUGACUUGAUUACCUGAAUCGCUCAACACAUAAUCACCUACAUACAUAAAUCUGUUGAUAUUCUAUGAAGUUAAUUUUCCCGGAUGACAUGACCAGCUAACGUGAUUCAAUUUACUAUCUGGGUGCUUUCUGAUGAAUAAUUAACACAACUUUCUGUUCCUUUCCUUGAGAAAUAUUUCUGUCAUUCGUCACAUAAUUGUAGAAUGAUUUCUGCACAACUACCGGAUCACGUCGUUUAAUUGUUGAGUAUUUAUGAUGAAUAAUACCUCGUAAAAGCGUUCACGAACUUUUAUUGAUGAUAACUGUAUGUUGUCAAAUGGUGAACUUCAAGUCGACUCAAAAAAUUAUGGGAUCACACUCGUGUGAUCAGUAGUAAGUCACGCUUCUGAUCAACUAAAAUGAGAAGCGAC